ACAAUUCCUGAAGCUGUAUUAAAUUUAACACCUUUAGAAGAACGAUUUCUGGCUACUAGAUUACCAUUUAUUAAAAUUUUCAAAGUUGGAAUGAAUCAAUAUAAAGUGAUGGGAAGUGUUGUGAAUGUACCUGUGGAUGUCCCGGAUAAUGUAUCAGUCUUACCAAGAUCAUUUGAAGAAACUAGAGUCAUUCCAAUUGUAUUAAAGAAGAGGAAAUCCCAUAAAUCAAAUGUUAUGUUUGAAACUGUUUCACCUGUUCAUAUAUUUGAUGCAUUGAAAUGUUUACAAAAUUGUGAGGUAUACAAAUUGUGCAAUGUUGAGGUGAAUUUAGAUAAGGAUUUAAAUAUCAACUCGAAUUUAGUUCAAAUUGCAAAUUCUGAACAAGAAAAUGGAAUUGACAAUAAUUUGAUGGAUGUUGCAGUCUCAGAAGAAAAUGCAUCAAACAUUCUACAAACAGAUAUAAAUGUGAAUAACAAUAGCUUACAAGCUGAAAAUCCAAGUAAUGUACUACAGGAUGAUGAAACAGUGAAUGCUCAUCCCAAUGAAAACUGCUCUGAUGAUGAUGAUGAUGAUGAUAAUGAUAAUGGAGGAGGACCAAUUCAUAUUACUGAACAGGAAACAUUACUACAAGAUAACCAAGCAUUAAUUUUCGCACCUGGUGAGGAUAAAACACCCAUAUCAUUAAUACUUGAUCCAAAUGCAGAGGAAAUGACAUUCAUAAAAAUUUAUGGAGGUAAUAUACGUCAACCAGUCAAACACUUGAAGUACCAUGAAAUUGUGAAAAGUGAAAUUAUGAGGUCAGAUAGGCGUUGUGCAAAUGUGAUGAAAUUAUUGUACUGUGCUUUGAAAAUAAGAAUUUUGAGAAUAUCUGGUUGCAUAGGAUUUCAAAUGAGAAAAUUUAAAAAUCAAAAACAGUAUAGUAAAGAAAACUUAUUGGAUGAAAAUUUUAUUAGAGAAUUGAUACUUCAUGAUGAAGGUUUCAGAGUUUUCAAAAAUGAUAGAGGAAACCCAGCAUUUUUUGAAGAAAAAAAAAAGGAAUUAUUCGCUAUGAUCAGACAACUAGGACCAGCUCUUUUGUUCUUAACUUUAUCUGCUGCAGAAACCAGAUGGUUACCAUUAUUGGUAAUAUUGAAAAAAGUAGUCGACAAUGAAACAAUUACUGAAGAUGAGGCAGAACAACUAAAUUAUAUUGAACGUGUUCGUUUGAUUAACACAGACCCUGUGACAUGUGCACGGUAUUUUGAACACAGAGUAAGGGAAAUGUUUAGAUUAUUGAAAAAUAAAAAUGGUAUUUUUGAUGAACAUAAUGUAAGAGAUUACUACAUUAGAACUGAAUUCCAGCAUAGAGGUUCACCUCAUGUCCAUACUUUACUUUGGUUAAAUGAUGCUCCAAUUUAUGAUUGUAAUGAUGAAAUAAGCAUUCAAAAUUGCAUCAAAUUUAUUGAUAAAUAUCUAACAUGCGAUGAUCAGGAUAUUGAUAAAACCUUGCUUUCUUAUCAAAUACAUAAACAUACUCGCACAUGUGAAAGAAUGUUGAAUGGUAUGCGAUUAUGCAGAUUUAAUAUACCAUACAUGCCAAUGCCUGAAACUAGAAUUUUAGAGCCAUUACCAAAGGAUUUUGAUAAAGAAUUGAAAAAAAAUUACAUAAAAAAAUACAAUAAAAUCAGGCAUUACUUAAACAGUGUUUUUAGACAGCCACCAGAUGAUACAAUUGAAGAAUUUUUCAGUAAAAAUGAAAUAAUGGAUAUCAAUGAGUACAUCAUGAUUAUUAGAUCAUCUUUACACACAACAACUGUGUUUUUAAAGAGGCUUCCUCGCCAGAUGAAAAUAAAUGGGUACAACAAGGAUAUACUUGAGUUGCAUCAAGCAAACAUAGAUGUACAGUUUAUAACAGAUACAUAUGCUUGUGUGCAAUAUGUUUGCAAUUAUAUCAAUAAGAGUACGAAAGGAAUUUCUAAACUCAUGUAUGAUGUGAUGAAAGAUAUUGAAAAACGAGGCAAUGUUUCAUUAAAGGAAAAAUUGAAGGCAGUAGCAAAUAAAUUUAUCAAUGCAAGUGAAAUGAGUGCCCAAGAAGCUGUUUAUUAUUGUCUCAGUAUGCACAUUUCCGAAUCUUCCAAAAGUUGUACUUUUAUAAACACUAGUCAUCCUGACAGAAGAGUAAGGGUUGUUAAAUCGAGAAAACAAUUGGAAAAAUUGCCUAAUGGUUCCACUGAUAUUUAUUGUACAGAAAAACUGUCAUACUACAGUGAUAGAUCAAGUGCUCUUGAAAAUGUAUGUUUGGCAGAUUUCACAGCAGAGUAUACUACUGUAAACAAAAAGCAGAAAUUAAUGAACAAGAAGCAAGCAUGUUCAGAUGUUGAAAACACUGAUGAUGAAAACGUUGACGAUGUUCAGCCUAUUAAUAAUAACUCUGACAAUGAAAAUGAUCAAAAUUCUGAAGAAGAGGAAGCAAUGAGUGAAAGUUUUCAACUUAACCAUAAAAAGAAAACCAAACGUUCUAUCAUACGAUAUGUUAAUUUCAAUCAAGAAGUUGAUCCUCCAAAUUUUUAUAGAGAGCAACUGAUGCUGUUUUAUCCCUGGAGAAAUGAGAAAAAAGAAUUAUUGGAUGUAAAUUGCGAAGAAUUGUAUAAUAAAUAUAUCGAUGUCAUAAACAACAACAGAAAAAAAUAUAUUUAUCAAUUCAAAAAUAAAAAAAACAUUCUCACCCUAAUUGAUGAAGCAGAGAAGCAAUGUCAAAAUGAUGAAGAUGAUUUACAAAAUGACAAUGAUACAGAUGUUGUAGCUCCUGAAUAUGAAAUGUUGUAUGAUGAUGAAUUAGAAGCUGAUAUAGCUUUGGAGAUAACUAGUAAAAAUAAUGGUAAAAACGACCAUACUUCAUAUGAACAAAAUAAAAAUAGUAUUGCAUUAUUUCCAAUUCCUCAUAGAUUGAAUGAUGAUGAAUAUUAUAAUUUGAUGAGAAGUUUGAAUGAUAAGCAACGAAAAUACAUGUUACAUUGUUUGAAUCAUUUUAAAAUUGCUUCUAAUAAAAAUAAUCCAAUUUAUGAAAUUGUUUUGGGUGGAGCAGGAGUUGGCAAAAGCAGAUUAAUUCAAGCUAUCCAACAAUCCAUGUUACAUUAUUAUCAUAACUUGAAUGCAACAGUGUUGGACAAUUUACAAAUUUUAUUAACAGCUCCUACUGGAAAAGCUGCUUUCAACAUAACUGGAAUAACAUUGCACUCAGCUUUUAUAGUACCCUUAAAUCAAAAUGCCAAUGAUUUGUCAGCAAUGUCUGAUAAUACUUGUAACAAAGUUUACUCAAAAUUACGUGAUUUGAAAUUGAUAAUUAUAGAUGAAAUUUCAAUGGUAGGCACAAAAAUAUUCCAUCAAAUUGAUUCCAGACUAAAACAGAUAUUCAAAUCAAAUGAAGAUUUUGGAGGUAUAAGUGUCAUACUAUUUGGAGAUUUCAAUCAAUUAUCUCCUGUAGCAGAUGGUUAUAUUUUUGAAUGUCCAAAAAAUAAUCCUUAUGCGGUAUUAGCUGGUAAUAAAUUAUGGGAAAAAUUCAAAGUGUUUGAAUUGACAGAAAUUAUGAGGCAAAAAGAUGAUUUUACAUAUGCUGAAGCAUUGAAUCGUUUAGCUAGAGGUUGUCUCAAUAAAGAUGAUAUACAAAUGUUUCAGAGUAGACAGAUAAAUAAAAAAACACUUCAAAAACCAAACAACUGUCUACAUUUAUUCAAAACAAAUAAUGCUGUGGAUGCAUUCAACAAUAAAUGUUUGGAAAAUGCAGAUAAAGAAGAGAUUAUUGCAAUUGACAGAAUCAAUAAAAAUAAUCAAUCAAUCAUUUCUAAAGAUACUGCUGAAAAAUUGAUGGCUACUGCAAAAGAUAUGAAAUUAUCAAGCGCCUAUGGUUUGCCAUAUAGUAUAUCAUUGGCAGUUGAUUUUCAUUAUAUGGUUACAAAUAAUGUGAAUACAGAAGAUGGACUAACAAAUGGUGUAAUUGGUACUUUAAAAAAAGUUGAUUCAGAACUUCCAGGAGUAUGGAUGUUAUUUGAUAAUGAAAAUGUAGGCAAACAUGCACGAAGUGAAGCUAGAGAAUAUAUGCAGAAGAAAAAUAUACCUCUAAAUUGGACUCCGAUUCAAAAAAUUGUGAGACCUUUACUGGUUCAAAAGAAGUUUGAUAUGACUAGACGACAAUUUCCACUAACUCCAGCUGAAGCAAUUACUGUGCAUAAAAGUCAAGGUUCAACAUAUAACCAAAUUGUGAUUGAUAUGGACAAAUUAACUCGAAAUGGCUUAUAUGUUGCUUGCAGUCGUGUAACUUCCCUUGAUGGAUUAUUUAUUCAAGGUAAAUUUAUAGCACCAAAACCUCCUGCUAAAACUAAUAAAGUAACUAUUGCAAUGAAAGAAUUAUUUGAAAAACGAUCUGUACAACUCAAUUUGAAAUUCAUUCAAGACUACAUGACCUAUUCUACUGUUGUUUACUGGAAUAUUCAAUCAUUGAAUAAACAUUAUUUAGACCUUUGUGCUGAUUCCAAUUUCAUUACUGCCAAAAUACUUAUUAUUGCCGAAACUUGGUAUCUUGCAACAGAUGAAUUCAGUAUUUCAAAUUUCAAAGUAUUGUAUAGGAAAGAUAACAUUUCAUUGAUUAGAAAACCAUAUGGCUUAAUAAUUUGUGCAAAAUCAGAUUUUAUUUCAGAUUAUCACAUCAUUUACGAAUUUAAUCAGUGUUCUAAAAACAUUUCAUGCAACAUAGCAGCUGUAAACAUAAAUAAUGAGUUUAUCCUUUGUGGAUUAUACAUUUCACCAAAAACAAGUUACUCUUGUAUUAGACAGGAAUUUAGGCAAAUGUUGCAAACCUUAUGUAAUAAAAGCAAUGAUAAAAUAAUGAUUGUUGGUGAUUUCAAUACAAAUUUCAAUGAACAUUCAAACAGUGAAAUUUUCCAAGAUUUGAAUAAAUUUGGAUUUCAUGAAAAUAUUAAAGGAAAAUCAUCCACCAACUUCAACACAAAAAUUGAUUUAUGUUUUGUUAAAAACUUUGAUAAUUGUUUUAGUUAUUAUUAUGAAAAUUAUUUUGGUCAUCAUAAACCAAUAAAUACAAUAAUUGUUAAUGAAUCAGAAAUGCAGUCCUUUAUUGAAAGCACAUCCAAUCAAAAUGAUGUUGAAACAACAAACAAUUUAAACAACACUUCUGUUGUUGAAGAAAGUAUUUGUGGUGAGCAUCCUAUGCAAGUUUCUGAAAAACAGAAUAAUGAAUUUGAAAUCACAAAAACGAGAAGUAGAACAAAGUCAGGUGUGAAUCAACCUACAAAAGUAAUUGAAAUCAAUGAUGAAUUAGUUAUUAUUAAUGAUGAUCAAAAUGAUUCACUCAAGGCUGGAAAAAAUAAACCCUCAUCUAUUCAUACAACAAGAAAAAUUGAUAACUCUGGUGAUCUUUUUACUGGUAUACUGAAUAAAUUUGAAAACAAUGAUGCUACUUCAUGUUAUAGUAAUUCAAUUGUGCAAUGUUUAAUACAUAAUGAUUAUGUCAGAGAAGAAAUAAAACAGAAUCCCACUACUUUAAAUCAGACUGAAAAUGAUGCUUUGUACACAAUCACUAUGCAAUAUGAACAAAAUAAAAAACAAAUUUUAAGUUCAUACUCCAUUAGGCAAGAAGUAGAUAGUAAAACUGGUAAUGUAUUUGAGUACACAAAUCGUAGUAUACAACAAGAUUGUUACCAGUAUUUUACACAUAUAUUACAGGUAUAUCACUACUUGCAAACCACUUGUAUGGUUACAAUAGAUCAAGACAUAAGAUGUACCAAUACUUCAUGUAAAUUCAAACUGAAGAAGUCUACUUACAGCAAUGCACUAAUACCAUAUUUCUUUCUCCUGAACAAUAAUAAUCAGCCAUCUUCAAGUAAAAGAAAAAAUAAAAAUUCACCUGAAUUAAUUUCCUCAGUAAGUGAAUUGAUUAAACAAAAAUUUGCAAAAACAAAAUGGUUUAAAGAUGAAUCAAUAAAAUGUCAGAAAUGUAAUUCUUGUGGAAAUUGUGAAGAAAAUCAAUCCAUAAACCACUGUGGAGAUGUAAUAUUUGUGUACAUGGUAAAUGAUUCUAAUCGUAAUAUUGAUAUGAAAUGUAAUUUGCAUGAAAUUUCAAAAGAAUUGCUGACAAUCAACAAAUACAAAUAUAAACUUACCUCUAUUAUAUAUCAUAUUGGAAGUGGAAAUGAAUUAGAUAACAAAGGUCACUACUACUGUCAUAUUUUACACAAUAAUCAAUGGAUAAUUGCUAAUGACUGUGAACUGAAACAAUGUAAAUUAUCAACAUCAUGUCAAAAUACUUAUAUGUUGAUGUAUGAAAGAGUUAGCCAUUAGCAGUAUGUAUUUAAUUUGAUAUUUAAACUUCAAAUAAAUGAAGAGAGAAUUACUGCAAAUUGAAAAAAAAUUUAAAUCAAAAUAGUAAAUUAUGGAUAACAUUUUUAAAUAAAUUUCUUAUUAGUGUACUCAUGUUUGGCCUAAUGGAAUAUGAACUGAAAUGUUGUGCAUUAUUUCAAUCAUAUUGCAUUGUGAUUGUGUAUGAACCAUCAUUAUUAGUCUAAUAUAGAGUAAUGUGAUUCUGUUCUAUUUCAUCUCUAAUUUGGAUGAAAUUUGAUCAUUCCAAUCACACUGUUUCACAUUCCAUUUGGAAUCAUUCCUCUCCCCCCUUUGUUUCUUUUUCUUUUUUCCUUCUCUUUUCCUUCUGUGAAAUAUUGUUCCAACGAUGUUCUUCUUUAAUUUUGUCCCCUGCCCCUUGUUUCAAUCACCAAUCUUGUGAUGACAUGAAUUAAAAAUUUCUUUGACAAAAUAAAUAACAUUCGAACAUGAUUUUUGUUGAUAUAAUCACUUCACACAAUAUUUGAAAUUUUUAUGUGGAAACAAACAUUGAAAACUACAGAUGUGGUGGUAUAAUUUCAGUUUAUGAUUCAUUCAUCAUCCAUUUGUCUGAUUCCAAGUGGACUUUAAACAAAAAUAUGGAACAACUGACUAAUCCAAAAAAAGGCCAUUUUAAUUCAGGUGAUACUGAUAAUAUAUUGUAAUUCAUUUUGACACCCCGUAAUUUCAAUUUUCAACAAUAAUUGUUUGGCCUAUAAUGAAGAUAACAAAGAAAUGGGUCAGUUGAAACUACAAGAAAAUAUUCUACAGUUAAGUUAUUCAUUCAACACUUGCUGGAGAAAACCUUUCAAGGAGAACAAUCAUAGACAUAAAUUAUCAAACAAAAAAUAACACCAGUAUCACUUGCUUAUCUCUGCCCAUACAAUUCUUAUGCCAAGAGAUUGAAAUGGCUAGAUGAACCUUCUGCUGGAAAAAAUGUUCUAUAAAAUCAUUCAUUCAACAUUUACUAGAGAAAACCUUUCAAGAAGAAAAACUAUAGACACAAAUUAUUCUAGAAAACACCUGUAUCAGUUGCUUAUCUCUUCCCAUACAAUUCUUAUGUCAUAAGAUUGGAAUGACCAGUUAAGCCUUCUCCUGUGAACAGUUAUCAAUGAUGCAGAUUUAUAGGAUAACAUCUCUGAAUACUUUCCUUUAGAUGACACUUGGAUGAAAGAAUAUACCUACUGUAGUGUAUAACCAUGAAAAAAAUGACUUGCUUUUUAUGUAUCUCAGAAUCAGUAGAAAUUAAGUUAUGUAUUUACUUGGAUUUAGCCAACCUGACAUUUAAAUUUUGAGUAUUGGGCGUAAGAAAUUGGUUUACCUUAAAAUUAGUACAGUAUAAAUCAACCCAUGUAUUCUGAUUUAGUGAAAAUUGAAUUGUGUAUUCAGAUUUGGAGUAUUCAGUAUAGAAAAUAAGUACUGGGUCAUUAGAAUUAAACUAUAACUAUGUUAAGUGAAGAUCUUUGUGAUUUGUGGGUAGGACAUAUCAGUUGAUAAAAAUUCAACUGAUCACUCACCUAGGAGAGGUGAUGAAUUGAUUCAAGGCUAAUGUCAACUUAUAGAUUAUGUUAACUCUUUGUAUCCAUGAUUGAGUGUUGGAUGUUGGAUGUUUAUCUUAUUCACUAGUAGGUUAGCAUAGGUUUCAGGAUAUUCAUUCAAUAUCCAUUACUGAUAUCAGAUGAUUACACUGAAAUUAACUAAUCAUAAGUUACUUUAUUAAAAAUAUCAAACUGAUCUGUAUAGUUCAAAUAUUAUCAUGCUAUAAAUAAACAUUGUGUAUUUACUCUCAUCAGAUGGAGAAAAAUGAACUAUGGUUCACCUGGGAGGGGUGAGAGAUUAAUUUCUAGCUUAGGACAACUCCUUGUAUCCAAAACUAAGUAUUGGUAGUAGCCUAGCUUAUUCUCAUUUGCAAUAUAAUUGCAUCAUGUUACCAUAAUGAAUGAAUAUUUGUUGCCUGAUGUAGUUUGCAUAGUCCUGUGAAUCAUUUUAGUUUGAAAAGUACUUUUAGAAGAACUAUUUUGUAUGUAUUUGUAUGUAGUAUUGAAACAGAACAAUAAUCAAUAAUUUUAUCAACAAUAAUUUUAUUAAUAAUUUUGAUGCAAAAAAUGACAUUAAAAUAAUCAUAAUACUUACUGUUUGUGAUAAAAUUUCAACAUUUCAUUAUCUAAUGAAUAAAUGUUUGUAAUCUUGUCUGAGCCACUUUAGGGUGAAGAAUACUAUUGCAAUAAUUAUUCCUACUAUUCUUAUUUGUGGUAUUAAAAUACAAUACUUAUAGUUCAUCCUUGUUUUAACAAAUUUUGAAGUUGCUUCAAAAUGUUCUGUAAAUUGUUUGCUGGAUGAAAAUAUGUAUUAUCAAAGAUAUCAAUGUAAAUAACA